UGUGAACCGCCCGCCCCCCGGGGAGAAGCGAGCCCCGACCCGGCCGGACGCCUUCGCCUCAGAAAUGGAGGCAAAUGACCAUUUUAACUUUACUGGCCUUCCUCCUGCACCAGCUGCCUCAGGACUGAAACCCUCUCCUUCCUCAGGGGAGGGCCUCUACACUAACGGGUCUCCCAUGAACUUCCCCCAGCAAGGGAAAAGUUUGAAUGGGGAUGUGAAUGUUAAUGGCUUAUCUACUGUAUCUCACACUACUACUUCAGGGAUUUUGAACUCUGCUCCCCACUCCUCCAGCACCUCACACCUCCAUCACCCUAACGUGGCCUACGACUGUCUUUGGAACUACUCACAGUACCCAUCUGCCAAUCCUGGCAACAACCUCAAGGACCCACCCCUUCUUUCUCAGUUUCCUGGGGGACAAUACCCGCUCAAUGGUAUCCUUGGGGGCAGCCGACAACCUUCAUCCCCAAGUCACAACACUAAUCUUCGAGCUGGGAGUCAAGAGUUCUGGGCCAAUGGUACCCAGAGUCCCAUGGGGCUUAACUUCGAUUCACAGGAGCUGUAUGAUUCUUUUCCUGACCAGAAUUUUGAGGUGAUGCCCAAUGGACCCUCAAGUUUUUUCACCUCCCCACAGACUUCUCCAAUGUUGGGGUCUAGUAUCCAGACCUUUGCACCUUCCCAGGAUGGAAGCAGUGACAUCCAUCCUGAUGAGGCAGCAGAAAAGGAGCUGACUUCAGUUGUGGCAGAAAAUGACACUGGCUUGGUAGGCAGCCUGGAGCUAGAGGAAGAGCAGCCAGAACUGAAGAUGUGUGGCUACAAUGGUUCUGUCUCUUCUGUGGAGUCUUUACACCAAGAAGUCUCCGUCCUGGUCCCUGAGCCCACAGUGAGCUGUCUAGAUGAUCCUUCACAUCUUCCUGAUCAACUGGAAGACACUCCAAUCCUCAGUGAAGACUCCCUUGAGCCCUUUGACUCUCUGGCAGCAGAGCCAGUGAGUGGGGGGCUUUAUGGUAUAGAUGAUGCAGAGCUGAUGGGUGCAGAAGACAAGCUGCCUCUGGAGGGCAACCCUGUGAUCUCUGCCCUCGACUGCCCUUCUCUCAGCAAUGCUAAUGCCUUCAGUCUCCUGGCAGAUGACAGCCACACAGCAGCCUCCAUCUUUGUCAGCCCCACUUCCCCACCUGUCUUAGGGGAGUCUGUUUUGCAAGAUAACAGCUUUGGACUGAACAGUGGCAGUGACUCUGAACAGGAAGAAAUGGAGACCCAGUCCUCAAAGUUCCAACGUCCCCUGACUGAGCCAGCCCCUGACCAGCCACCUAGUAUUCAACUACAUCCAGCAGUCUCACCAACAGCUUCCCCAGAAGCCUCCUUGACAGCAUCUGCAGAAAUCUCUCCAGCUAUCUCUCCAGUAGCAUCCUCUCCUGUUCCUCCUGAAGUCUUUCCAGCAGUCUCUCCAGCUUCCUCACCUGCUCUCCCAGCCAUCUCUUCAGAAGCCUCUAUGGCAGCUCCAGUGACUUCCCCUCAAGGGUCCCCUGAACCUUCUCCAGCAGCUGCCUUCCAGACAGUCUCUCCAGCAAGUAAAGAUGUCAGCAGUGCCCCUGAAGCUUGUGCUGAUCAGCAAGAGAUGAGUGGAGAAGCAGUCACAAUCUCUGGUGGUGGUGAUGUACUGAAGAGACGUAUUGCUACCCCAGAAGAAGUUCGUCUUCCCCUCCAACAUGGGUGGCGAAGAGAAGUGCGCAUCAAGAAGGGCAGUCAUCGGUGGCAGGGGGAAACUUGGUAUUAUGGCCCCUGUGGGAAGAGAAUGAAGCAAUUUCCAGAAGUUAUCAAGUACCUGAGCCGAAAUGUGAUGCACAGUGUUCGCCGUGAGCACUUCAGCUUCAGUCCCCGCAUGCCUGUUGGAGAUUUCUUUGAAGAAAGAGAUACACCAGAGGGUUUGCAGUGGGUCCAGUUAUCAGCAGAGGAGAUUCCUUCCAGAAUUCAAGCAAUCACUGGCAAACGAGGCCGACCUCGAAACAAUGAGAAGGCUAAGAACAAGGAAGUUCCCAAAGUGAAGCGGGGCCGAGGUCGGCCUCCUAAGAUCAAAAUGCCUGAGCCAUUGAAUAAAACAGAUAACCGACUUCCAAAGAAACUGGAAACCCAAGAAGUACUGAGUGAGGAGGAUAAAGCAAAGAUGACUAAAAGCAAAAAGAAGAUAAGGCAGAAGGUACAGCGGGGAGAGACUCAGGCUCCUGUCCAGGGGCAGCCCAAGCAGAGGUGCUUUCAGAGUCAUUUGAGGAGAAAUGACUUCCCUUAUGGUUUACAGGCCAGAAACAAGAGGAAGCAAGACACCAAGAACUUAAAGCAGAAGGACACUAAGAAGAAAUUCAAGGCUGAGAAGGAGAAGAAGACAAGGCAGGAGAAGAUGAAGGAAAAGGUAAAGAGGGAAAAGAAGGAAAAGUUAAAAGCAAAGGGAAAGGAAGAGCCCAGAGCCAGGCCAUCCGGGAGAGCAGACAAGGCCCUUGCCACACAGAGGCGGCUGGAGGAGCAGCAGAGGCAGCAGGUUAUCUUGGAAGAGAUGAAGAAGCCCACAGAAGAUAUGUGUCUGACUGACCACCAGCCCCUGCCUGACUUCACACGCAUCCCUGGUUUGACACUGUCCAGUAGGGCUUUCUCAGAUUGCUUGACCAUCGUGGAGUUCCUGCACAGUUUUGGCAAAGUACUAGGCUUUGACCUUACCAAAGAUGUUCCUAGUCUUGGAGUCCUGCAGGAGGGACUCUUAUGUCAAGGUGACAGCUUGGACAAAGUGCAAGACCUGCUAGUGCGGCUUCUGAAGGCUGCACUCCGUGAUCCUGGUCUGCCUCCCUACUGUCAGUCCUUAAAGAUCUUGGGGGAGAAGCUGUCGGAGAUCCCAUUGACCAGAGACAAUGUGUCUGAGAUACUGCGCUGCUUUCUCAUGGCAUAUAGAGUGGAGCCCUCCUUGUGUGACAGUCUGCGUACCCAGCCUUUUCAGGCCCAGCCACCUCAACAGAAGGCUGCUAUUCUAGCCUUUCUUGUGCAUGAGCUCAACGGGUCCACCAUUAUCAUCAAUGAGAUUGACAAGACUCUGGAAAAUAUGUCUAGCUACAGGAAAAACAAAUGGAUUGUUGAAGGCCGACUCCGGAGACUGAAAACUGCUCUGGCCAAGCGAACUGGGCGGCCUGAGGUUAUGACGGAAGGGGCAGAAGAUGGCCUGGGACGGAGACGCAGCUCUCGGAUCAUGGAGGAAACCAGUGGCAUAGAAGAAGAGGAAGAGGAGGAAAAUACAGCAGCUGUCCAUGGCCGCAGGGGUCGAAGAGAUGGAGAGGUUGAUAUUGCGGCAUCCAGCAUUCCAGAGCUAGAGCGCCAUAUAGAAAAACUCAGUAAGCGUCAGCUCUUCUUUAGAAAAAAGCUGCUCCAUUCAUCCCAGAUGCUUCGGGCAGUGUCCUUGGGUCAAGACCGCUAUAGACGCCAUUAUUGGGUAUUACCGUGUCUUGCUGGUAUCUUCGUGGAAGGAUCGGAGGGGAGCACAGUUACUGAAGAUGAAAUAAAGCAAGAAACUGAGUCCUUGAUGGAAGUGGUCACUUCAACACCCAACUCUGCCCGAGUCUCUGUAAAGAGGGAGUUAACUGGCUCCAACACCUCUACUUCUCCUGCCCGGUCCCGAGGCCGACCUCAAAAACCUAAGCCUGGGUCUCUGCAGCCUCAUCACCUUAAGUCCACCAUUAGGGAACAUGAUUCAGCCCAGACUCAAGCUCACCCAGGACCUCAGCCUCAGCCUCAGCCUCAGCCUCAGCCUCAGCCUCAUCCUCAGCCUCAGGCCCCUACCCAGCCCCAUCUUCAGUCAAGUAGUGGGUUCCUAGAGCCAGAAGGUUCCCCUUUCUCUCUGGGUCAGAGCCAGCAUGACCUCAGCCAGUCUGCUUUCCUGUCUUGGCUAAGCCAGACUCAGAGCCACAACUCCCUGUUGAGCAGCUCAGUCCUCACGCCCGAUAGCAGCCCAGGAAAAUUAGACUCUGCUCCAUCUCAGUCCUUGGAGGAGCCAGAGCCUGAUGAGGCUCCAUCCUGCCCUGGUCUUCAAGGUCCCUGGUUUAACUUCUCAGCCCAGAUACCCUGCGAUGCUGCUCCCACACCACCCCCUGCAGCUUCUGAGGACCAACCUACUCCCUCCCUCCAGCUGCCUGCCUCCUCUCAACCAAUGAACACACCCGGUGCUGCCAAUCCUUGUUCCCCAGUGCAGCUCUCUUCCACCCACUUGCCUAGAGGGGGCUCUAAGAGGCUAUCAGGGGACUCUGAAGAAAUGUCACAGAGUCCCACAGGGCUAGGACAACCAAAGCGGAGAGGGAGACCUCCUAGCAAGUUCUUCAAGCAGGUGGAGCAGCAUUACUUAACCCAGCUGACAGCCCAGCCCAUCCCACCUGAGAUGUGCUCAGGCUGGUGGUGGAUCCGAGAUCCUGAGACACUGGAUGUCCUGCUCAAGGCACUGCAUCCCCGAGGCAUCCGGGAGAAGGCGCUUCACAAACAUCUUAGCAAGCACAAGGACUUUUUGCAGGAAGUUUGUUUACAGCCCUUAACUGAUCCCAUCUUUGAGCCUAAUCAGCUGCCUGCCUUGGAAGAAGGAAUUAUGAGCUGGUCUCCCAGAGAGAAGACUUACGAGACAGACCUGGCCGUGCUUCAGUGGGUGGAGGAGCUAGAGCAGCGGGUUGUCCUCUCGGAUUUGCAGAUUCGGGGCUGGACAUGCCCUAGCCCAGACUCCACCAGAGAAGACUUGACCUACUGUGAGCAUCUGCCUGACUCCCAGGAGGAUAUCCCUUGGAAGGGUCGGGGCAGGGAAGGAACAGUACCUCAGCGGCAGAACACCAACCCUCUGGACCUCGCUGUGAUGCGACUGGCUGUUCUGGAGCAGAGUGUGGAGCGGCGGUACUUGCGGGAGCCCCUCUGGGCAGCCCAUGAGGUGGUAGUGGAGAAGGCCCUACUGAGCACACCCAAUGGUGCCUCUGACGGCACUGCGACUGAGAUAUCCUAUGAGAUCACCCCUCGUGUCCGAGUCUGGCGGCAUACCCUUGAGAGGUGCCGUAGUGCAGCCCAAGUGUGCUUGUGCAUGGGCCAGCUGGAAAGGUCCAUCGCGUGGGAGAAGUCUGUCAACAAAGUGACCUGCCUGGUCUGCCGGAAGGGGGACAAUGAUGAGUUUCUCCUGCUUUGUGAUGGGUGUGACCGAGGCUGCCACAUUUACUGUCAUCGGCCCAAGAUGGAGGCUGUUCCAGAAGGAGACUGGUUCUGUGCUGUCUGUCUGGCCCAGCAGGUGGAGGAGGAAUACACUCAGAGGCCUGGUUUUCCAAAACGAGGCCAGAAGCGGAAAAGUAGUUUUCCACUGACCUUCACAGAAGGUGACAGCAGGCGGCGGCGGCGGCGGAUGUCAAGAAGCCGAGAAAGCCCAGCAGUGCCUCGGUACCCAGAAGACAGGCUAUCUCCCUCCAAGAGACGGCGGCAUUCGAUGAGAAGCCAGCACAGUGACCUCACAUUCUGCGAGAUUAUCCUCAUGGAGAUGGAGUCCCAUGAUGCAGCCUGGCCUUUCCUGGAGCCCGUGAACCCUCGCCUGGUGAGUGGAUACAGACGUGUCAUCAAGAACCCUAUGGAUUUUUCCACCAUGCGAGAACGGCUGCUGCGUGGAGGGUACACUAGCUCAGAGGAGUUUGCAGCUGAUGCCCUGCUGGUUUUUGACAACUGCCAGACCUUCAAUGAGGAUGACUCUGAAGUGGGCAAGGCAGGGCACAUCAUGCGCCGCUUCUUUGAGAGCCGCUGGGAGGAAUUUUAUCAGGGAAAACAGGCCAGUCUGUGAGGCAAGGAAGGCGGGAGUCACCUCGUGGCAUCUGCUCCAACCUUCCAGACAAAAACCUGCCGUUCUCACCUGCUGACGGCUGCCCUGGGUGGACUCAAGUCAGACAGUGUUGAUUCUUGACUCUGCCCUGGGCAGCACCCACACCCUCUCGUUCCUAAUCCCUUUUCUCCCUUCCUCUUCUUGCUCCUUAAAUAAGAGAUGCAGAGAUGAGGUCCUUCUGGACGGAAAGCCAAAAAAGAAAGAAUUUUCCAUGUUUUUUCCCCUAAUUAAAAUGGAGAGAGGUGAAGAAAUCCUCCCUCCUCUUCCAGCUUCCUCCCCUCCCUGUACUUGCCUCAGCAUCCUGGGGCCAUUUAACAAUAGCAAUAGUUCUAGUGAAUGUGUGAAACCGAGAAACACUCUGUACUGUGUGCGGACCCGCAGUGACGGCCAGUAAAGUGGACUUAACUCCAAGUGUGUCGAGCCGGACACCGGGCCCUGAACAUGCUGCUUCCAUGUUCAGUCCCUCCCCACUUCUCACCUUCUCUCACUCAUUCAUUUCUAACUCCUCCCUAUUUUUAAGAUUUUGUCCCACCCAGUAAUGUAAAACUAUCGUGUACGGGUUCUUUCCCUUCCCUCCCCAGUCUUUUUCCCUUAUGUGGAAAACAAAGUUCAGAGUUCCCGUCUCUCUGUCCUCAUCUUCUGCUGAUAGUUAACCCUCUAUGGUGUUGGCUCUCCUCACAUGCUGAGUUUCUGUGAGUCUCUAGCCUUUUCUGAAGCUCGGUGGCUGGGGAGCGGGCAGGUGGGCAGCGCCCUAGGCCUCCCAGCCUCCUUCCCCUGCUUCCCAAACCUCCCUCUUGGGAACUCCUCAGGGACAACUACUGCUGAGUUUGAGUGCUCCUCUGAGAUGGGGGCCAGGUAGCAAUUGACUGGCCUCAGAGAGAGGAGGAGAGAGGUGUGUGUGUGUGUGUGUGUGUGUGUGUGUGUGUGUGUAUCUGCACACAGAUGAGUGUUGUGAUUGUGACCCUGUAGUGUGAUGGAACCCAUUGUGCCCCACAUGUGUUUAUUCCUGCCUUCCCCUUGUUUCACACCAUCACCUUUUGUCUUUGGGAAAACACAGAAACUAUUUCUCUGGGGACAAGGCUGUCUCUCCUCAUGGUCAUUUCUUUUCCAGCCUCUUCAAACUGUGCAAUCUUUUCAGCAGGAACUCCCUCUCCUAGCUUUGAGUCUUGAGUUUUUGUUAGGAGAGGGGUAGAACUGGAUCUUAACCAUGAGUAUCGGAGUUUAGCUGUGUUUUCCUUCCUUACAUCUUCUUCAUAUCCCAAGGACCCCUUUCUUCCCCAGCAGCAGAGACCCUGGAGCACAGGAUGGGUAGAGAGGAGGAUCUGGGUCUACCAUUGCCCUGUAUGUGACUAAGCCCAGGUUAGACCCCAGCACGAGAGGACAGCUGCUAACUCCGAGCUGUAGCCAUGGGCCACUGGCCCCUGCUUUCCUGCUCAGCCAAGCCCCUCCCAUCAGAAAUUACGGGUACUUGCACUGGGGAGGUGGCUGCUAGCUGGCCUGAGCAGAGAGCUGAGGCAUCUAAGCAAUGUUCCAUGGGUGGGUGGAGGAUGCCAGGUGAGGUGUAGCAUUCCUUGUACUCCAGCAGUACUGAAGGGUGGGGAAGCGCAGGUUCCUGGGCAGCCCUGACUCCUCCUCAACCCACCCACACCGCACUCCUGUUGCCUAGUUCUGAAGUCGCCUUUUCUGUCCAUGAACCUCAAAACUUAAUUUUAUUUGAGAAUUUUUUUUUUUUUUUUGCUUUUAAAUAAGAGGUGGAUUGAAGAAUAUUUGAAUUGACUUUAUAUUAUGCAUAAAUAUUUAUAUUUUAUCUAAAUAACUGCGCUGUAACAAACUUUGUGUUAGUCAAAUGUUUGGAACUGUUUCCCCUGGCAUAAAGUGUACUGGAGUCAUUCGUUAUUGGAGGUGAGGUGGGAGGGCGAGUGGAGCCUGGCUCUCCGCUCUCCGCUCCCCUCCCCUCCCCUCGGGACCAGGCACUCUGAAGGUGGAGGUCCCAGACUUGAUUGGAAGAAAUGGGGGCUGAAGGGAUGUGGGGCAGGACAUGGUCAAAGGGGCUGUUUCUCACUUUUUCUUUCCUCAUCUUCACUGCCCCUCAAGCUAGAUGGACUUCCUCUUGUUGACAAAGAGUAUUUGGUAGGGAAAGCAGAUUAAAAAUAAAGACAGCCCUCCCCUGCCCUUUGUGUCCCCUCCCUGGUGACAGCAAGAAACCAUCAACACCAACACGUUUCCAUGUUCCUUUUACAACAAAAGGGACUUUUUAUAUAACCAAAUGUGGUGUUUUAGUGACUUUUUGAUAAUGUACAGUUUUUUGUGAAUUUAAAUUUAUUUCUUUCUAUAUUUUUAGGACCAAUCUCAUUUUUAAUAAGGUUUAAAAAAAGGAAAAAAAUGUCUAGAGAAAAAAAAAAAAACUUGUUUUUGCCAUGUGAUGUUCCACAGGUGCAGCUGUAGAAAAGUGCUUGUCAUUGAAUAAAAACCACAUUUGAUAAAGACUGAA